UGUAAACAACAAUACACAAGAAGACUUAUCACGUUUUAGCUGUUAUAACGCUACUCUGUUAAAAUGGGUGGGAUCAUUUCUUUGUAUUUGCUCCUCAUAUACAGUCCAAAAAUCGUGACUCAGUAGCACUGUUAUCAGCAGGUUACAUUUGACAGUUUCAGGGUGUAGUUUAGCUUGCUCUGCUGUCACACCCACUGUCUCGGUGUUUUGACAAUUUUAAGUGUCUGACUGACUGUAGUGUUCACAUUCCACCCUGGUUUGUCCUGUUAUCAUUUACCCCCUAAUCAUUUUCUUUGUGCAGUGUUUUAUCACUGUCAUUAUCACGAUGCAUGUUCUGCUUCUAAAAGAGCCAAGAGAUGGAAAUUCUGGACCCGAUCCUUACAUCAAGGAACUGGCAUCAUAUGGCCUUCAUGCAACCCUAAUUCCCGUACUGUCUUUUAAGUUUGUCUCAUUAAACACCUUGUCAGAUAAGCUUUUCCAACCAGAAAAACAUGGAGGUCUAAUAUUUACUAGUCCAAGAGCAGUGGAAGCUGUGAAGAUGUGCUUGGAAGCAGAGGAAAGAAUGGAAGAAUGGACCCAAUCUGUGAAAGACAAAUGGAAUAACAAGUCCAUCUAUGUGGUUGGGAAGGCCACUGCUGCAUUAGUAAAAAAUCUGGGUCUGAAUCCUUUGGGCGAGGACACAGGGACAGCCGAAAGACUUUCACAUGUUAUUCUUGAACGAGAGGACAAAAAUAUUCCACCACUUUUCUUCCCCUGUGGCUCAAUCAAAAGAGAAGUCUUGCCCAUAGCUCUAAGAGAAAAUGCAAUGCCCCUGGAGACGCUGACUGUCUAUCAAACAGUUGAACAUCCAGAUCUGGAGAAAAAUCUAAAGAACUAUUUCACAGAGCAGGGUAUUCCAGCCAGCAUAGCUUUCUUCAGUCCGUCGGGAGUUAAGUUUUGCUUAGAAGUUGUUCAGAGACUGUCAGGUGAACAGCUGACUCAAAUAAAGUUUGCAGCUAUAGGGCCUACUACACAAGACGCUAUGACUGCAGAAGGCCUGUGUGUCAGCUGUACUGCAGAAAAGCCAACAGCUGAACACUUGGCUGCUGCGAUAGCCAGUGUUCUACAAUAAGUGCCUAGGCCACACCUCCCAGUUCCAUCCACUUUAUCUUCUUCAUUUGUAUAGUCUGUGUUAUUUACAUGUAUUGUCAUUUGUCUGGUUUACUUUACUGUUCAUCUUUAUGUAUAAAUGAGCUCAUUUGCACUGAGAAAAUAUUGUUUUUGUGCCAUAUUAGCCAAGGAAGUCUGAGCAAAUAUAAUAAUU